AUGGGAGCGCUGCUAACGCCGCCGUCGCCUAAAUCUGACCAUCUCCCGCCGUCAAAGUCAGACGAUGAUUACGCCCCCAGCAGCCUUGCAUACGACCUGAUAAGGUAUACGCCAGUGCCUACAGUCAUCCUGGACGCAUCACUCUUCGUCCGCCAUGUCUCCGAUUCUUAUGUGAAUAUCUCCGGCGCGGGUGAUUGCAACUCGCUAGUAGGACGACAUGCGGAUGACGUAUUUGACGGCAACGUUACUAUCCCAGCGUUCACAUCUGCCUGUCUGACCGUGAGAGCAGCAAAAGCCACUGGGAAAUCACAACACCGAAAGAUCGUGACCGGUAAAGGAGCCGCUUGGAAUCUAAGAGCUGUACCCAUCUUACGAUACGGUAACCUACGCUGCAUCCAAAUGGAGUUCCUGGACGUCACCGAGGAGCAUCAACGGCAAUUAGAGUUUGAAGAACGCUCUUACCAGAACGAAACCGUCCAGCUGUUAGUCGCAACCAUCCGUGAUUAUGCCAUCUUUAUGCUUGAUCCAGGCGGCCACGUCGCAACAUGGAAUGCUGGGGCCCAGGCCUCCAAGGGAUACACACCGGCUGAGAUAAUCGGCAAACACUUUUCAACUUUCUACAGCCAGGAAGAUCGUGUCCGGGGCAAACCAGAAAGGGAACUGAAGGAUGCGCUUCGAGAUGGUCGAUGCGAAGACGAAGGAUGGCGGUUGCGUAAAGACGGUUCUAGAUUCUGGGCGAAUGUCGUCAUCACGCCUGUAUACAAGGACAACAUUCUCCUUGGGUACUCUAAAGUAACGAGAGAUUUGACGGAACGACGCAAGGCAGAAAAUAGUCUGAUCGCCGCCUACGAGGAGGCAUCGAAGCUCAAGUCGGAGUUCUUAGCCAACAUGAGUCAUGAGAUCCGGACACCCAUGCACGGGAUGUUGUCAGCCUUGACGCUGCUCCUGGAUACGAAGCUGGAUGAUAACCAAUGCGAGCUUGCAAGGAUCAUACAAGAGUCCGGCGACGUACUACUUCAACUAAUUGACGAUAUUCUGGACUUUAGCAAGCUCGCGUCCGGUAGCUUCUCAAUCAGCCAAGACAUCAUCAGUGUCAGGGAGAUCAUACAGUCAGUCUUCCGGGUGCAUCAAGCGUGUAACAAGCCCGAAGUUAAGUUGGAAAGCUUCCUUGACGACAAGUUGCCUAGGUCUGCUGAAGGAGACCCACUGCGGUAUCGGCAAAUCAUCCAGAACCUGCUCUCGAACGCGACUAAAUUUACCGAGAAUGGAUAUGUGCGAAUCGUGGCUCGUCUGCAUAACGAAGACCACGAGCAAUUCACAAUACUGACAGAGGUCAUCGAUUCUGGUAUCGGGGUUCCAGCAAGCGGCGCACACACCUUGUUUACACCGUUCACCCAAUUCGACAACUCCGCAACCAAGAGAUACAAAGGUACAGGCCUAGGUCUCAAUAUAUGCAAGUCGUUAGCAGAGCUAAUGGGUGGUCAAAUUGGGUUUCGGCCAAAUCCUGAAGGACGUGGUAGUAUAUUUUGGUUCACAGCCAAGCUCAAGAAAUGCAAACAGCUCAAAGCUCUCGAAGUCCUCCAAGAGAAUAUGGCUCGACAGAAAAUCCCGUCACCUGCGCCGAUAGAUCCUAUCGACACCAUAAGAAUGGCCGCUGCCAACAAGCGAUUGCUACUUGUGGAGGAUAAUAUGAUUAACCGAAAGGUCAUGUUGAAGAUGCUUGCGGGUCUGGGAUUCGACAACAUGGACACUGCGGUAAACGGGAAGGAAGCAGUUAUGAAAGCACUACAGGAACCAGGGUACGAUCUUGUUCUGAUGGAUGUCAACAUGCCUGUUCAAGAUGGUGUCAGCGCCACUAAGGAGCUUCGCCAAAAAGGGCUACAGGCCCCCAUCGUUGCCAUGACUGCAAAUGCAUUGAAGGGGCAAGCUGAGUCUUACAUUGCCAAAGGCAUGACCGGGUAUAUUGCGAAGCCAGUGGAUAGGAGCCUUCUGGUUAAGCUUUUGCUUAGCUGUCUACUACCCAAGCCCGGUACUUGA